AUGUUGGUGAAGGAGUACCGCAUCUGCAUGCCCCUCACCGUGGAGGAGUACCGGAUCGGCCAGCUGUAUAUGAUCAGCAAACACAGUCAUGAGCAGAGCGAACGUGGCGAGGGGGUGGAGGUGGUCCAGAACGAGCCGUAUGAAGACCCCGAGCACGGAUCAGGCCAGUUCACAGAGAAACGAAUCUACCUCAACAACAAACUGCCCAGUUGGGCCAGAGCAGUCGUCCCUAAGAUUUUCUACGUCACAGAGAAGGCCUGGAACUAUUACCCUUACACCAUAACAGAGUACACGUGUUCCUUCCUGCCCAAGUUCUCCAUCCACAUAGAAAGCAAGUACGAGGACAACAAAGGCAACAAUGAUAACAUAUUUAACAGCGAGCCCAGAGAAGAGGAGACGGAGACGUGUUUCGUGGACAUCGCCUACGAUGAGAUCCCUGAGCGCCACUACAAGGAGUCAGAGGACCUGCGUCACUUCAAAUCGAAGAACACGAGCCGAGGCGUCCUGCAGGAAGGAUGGAUCGACUCGCAGGACCCCAUCAUGUGCUCCUACAAACUGGUCACAGUGAAGUUUGAGGUCUGGGGCCUGCAAACGCGUGUGGAGCAGUUUGUACACAAGGUGAUUCGAGAUGUCCUGCUGUUAGGACACAGGCAGGCGUUUGCCUGGGUGGAUGAGUGGAUCAACAUGACCAUGGAGGAGGUGAGAGAGUAUGAGCGCGCCACACAGGAGGCCACCAACCUCAAGAUCGGCUCCUUCCCCCCCGCCAUCUCCAUCUCUGAGACCCCCCUGGCGUCCUGCGCCCGCAGCGCCCACAACAGCGCCCCGUCCACCCCCCUCACCACCGAGGCCCCCGAGUUCCUGUCGGUGCCCAAGGACCGCCCCAGGAAGAAGUCCGCCCCGGAGACCCUGACCCUGCCCGACCCGGGGCGCAGGGAUUCAAUCUUCAAACUGCCCAACUUCUUCUCCUGGAACUCCAGUCCCCAGCCAGAAUGA